AAUUAAAUCACCAUAAAAUUUCCAGCUGACUUGGGUAUUUUAUUAUUUGGGAUUUCCCCUGGCGACCAUUAAAAUUUAGAUUUUAAGUCACAACGCUAAAAUUAUCCUCACACCACUUCAAAUUUCCUUUUAUUUGGCUUAACCCACUGAUUAUAAUCAUUGAUACUCAUUAAAUCACACUGAAAUGAGAGUAAUUAGUGAUUAAAUUGAAUAGGGGUAUCAAAAUUGUUUUUACAUUAUUGAUCCUAGUCUUUGUUUCCCUCCCAGUGUGGGACAUGAAUUUUUUACUUAAAGUUUCUUUUCUUUCUUUUUUUAAAAAUUUUAUUGAUUAAGAACAUUUUUCCAUGGUUACAUGAUUUAUGUUCUUUCCCUUCCCUCCUCCCCCUGCCCCCCCAUAGCAAACACACAAUUCCAUUGGGUUUUAUAUGUGUCAUUGAUCAAGACCUAUUUCUGUAUUAUUGAUAUUUGCACUAAGGUGAUUGUUUUAGAGUCUACGUCCCCAAUCAUAUCCCCAUCAGCCCAUGUGAUCAAGCCAUUGUUUUUCUUCUGUGUUUCUGAUCCCACAGUUCUUAAAUGUUUCUUAAAUGAAUGAAAUUCCUGACCUGCCUAUUUGCAUGUCCAGGUUCUGAGUUAUACUUGUGUGAUUGUAAUUUGAGGCCCCUCCUGCUAUCUCUAACCUCAGAGUCCCUUGGAAAAGUCCUUAGGAGCCCAGCCCUUGGAGAGCAAGGGACAGUUGCCAGCUGGACACAAGAAUCUGGUCCCCAGAGCCCAAAGUAACACGACUGUCUCUUUACAGAUGUCAGCCUCAGAUGUUAGUGGAAGGAGAAGGUGGUGUAAAAUCUCCCCCAAGGAAGGGAAUCUGACCCAGGAGAGGAUCCCUGCUCUGACACCUUUUAUCCAGCUCCAGGGCAGCAUCUGAUAAGAAGGAGCAAGACCUAGGCUUGCCACUAGUGAAGCCAGUCCUUCUCCUCCCAGCUGGGCAGAAAGGACGUGAGUGAAGUCAGAGCAAUGAGAAAACAAAAAGGAUGGGCAAGCAUGGGAGACAUGGCCCUGACACGUCAGGAGAUGGGACUUCUUUCUCCGCAUCCAAUCCCAUUUCUCCAGAUGCAGCCCUUCCCCAAGACAGCAACCUAGAGGAGAAGGAAGGAGGAACUUCUGGCAUCCUGGCUGGCAGGUUUCAGGAAUCUGUGACGUUUGAAGAUGUGGCUGUGGAGUUCACCUGGGAGGAGUGGAGACACCUGGAUCCUGCCCAGAGGGCCCUGCACAGGAAUGUGAUGUUGGAGAACUAUGAGAACCUGGUAUCCAUAGGGAUUCCUGUUUCCAAAACAAAUUUGAUCUUUUGGUUCAAGAGUGAAUAUGUACAGAAUCAAGGGGGAGAAGUUGGGACAAGCACUUGUCCAAAUUCAUUUACUGAAGAGAUCAGAACUGAAACCAAGGAUUUAAGUCUGAAGGAAAUCGUCGGUUUGAAAGCAUUAGCUCAUCAAAAAUUGGACAAGAAUAUGGUUUGGCAUUCCAACAUGAGAGAAAUUGGGAAUUAUGAUAAUAAUUUAGAGAAACGGAAGGGCAAUCAAGAAAGACAAUCUAGACUCAUAACAACAGGUCCUAGGACAAUGUUGAACAAAGUACUUCUGCAUAAUACGUCCCUGAGAAGUUUCAGGCUGAAGUCAUCCUUGAUCAUUCCAAGAGGAAAUUUGGAGAAAAGACUUCUUAAAUAUAAGGGACUUGGAAGGAGCUUCAGGAAUUUUCCUGAUAUGUAUGAUACAUUCUUCUCAGUGAAGAACCUACAUAAGUACACCAAAUGGGAGAAGCCCUUCAGGUACCAUUCAGAUCUAAUUAAGUUGAAAGGAAUGCAUACUGGAGAAAAGCUAGAUAAACACAGAAAAGUCAUUGGCAGAAGAUCAAAUUUUGCCUUGCAUCAGAAAAGUCAGAAAGGAAAGAAACAUUUCAUAUGUAAUAAAUGUGGCAGAUCCUACAUCCCCAGGGAAAGAUCACCUAAACACAAGAGAAUCCCUAUUAAAAUGAAGAACCUUGUCUGUAAUGAAUGGAGGAAAAGCUUUAGUGAGAGAAGACACCAGCUUACCCAUAAAAAUGUUCAUAUUGGAAAAAAAUCUGUUAUAUGUAGUAAGUGUAGAAAAGGCUUCAAGGGGAGAAUAAUCCCAAAUCAAUAUGAGAGAAUUCAUGCUGGAGAAAAAUCCUUUCCCUGUAGUGAAUGUGGAAAAGCUUUCUUUUCAAAAGAAUACCGCAUUGACCAUCAAAGAACUCACACUGGAGACAAAUCAUUUGAAUGUAAUGAAUGUGGGAAAGCCUUUAGUAAAAAGGGAAAUCUUAUUACCCAUCAGAGAACACACACUGGAGAGAAACCAUUUGAAUGUAAUGAAUGUGGGAAAGCCUUUAGCUGGAAGGAAAGUCUUAUUACUCAUCAGAGUACUCAUACUGGAGAGAAACCAUUUGAAUGUAAUGAAUGCAGAAAAACUUUCAGUAUUAGGCAAAGCCUUAUAAAACAUCAGAGAGUUCACACUGGAGAGAAACCAUUUCAGUGUAACGAAUGUGGGAAAGCUUAUCGUUGGAAGGGACACCUUGUUUACCAUCAGAGAACUCAUACUGGAGAAAAACCAUUUGAAUGUAAUGAAUGUGGGAAAACCUUUAGUCAUAAAGGAAGACUUAUUAUCCAUCAGAGAACUCACACUGGAGAGAAACCAUUUGAAUGUAAGGUGUGUGGGAAAGCUUUUAGUCAAAAGGUAAAUCUUAUUACUCAUCAGAGUAUUCACACAGGAGAGAAACCAUUUCAAUGUAAUGAUUGUGGGAAAACUUUUAGUGUAAGGCAAAGCCUUAUAAAACAUCAGAGAACUCAUACUGGAGAGAAACCAUUUCAAUGUAAUGAAUGUGGAAAAGCCUUUCCUUGGAAGGGACAUCUUGUUUACCAUCAGAGAACUCAUACUGGAGAGAAACCAUUUCAGUGUAAUGAAUGUCAAAAAACCUUUAGUCAAAAGAAAAGACUUAUUAUCCAUCAGAGAACGCACACUGGAAAGAAACCAUUUCAAUGUAAUGAAUGUGGGAAAGCCUUUAACCAAAAGGAAAGUCUCCAUAUCCAUCAGAGAAUUCAUACUGGAGAGAAACCAUUUCAGUGUAAUGAAUGUGGAAAGACUUUCAGUGUAAGGCAAAGCCUUAUAAAACAUCAGAGAAUUCACACUGGAGAGAAAGCAUUUCAAUGUAAUGAAUGUGGAAGAGCCUUUAGCUGGAAGGGAGAUCUUGUUUACCAUCUGAGAACUCACAGUGGAGCAAAACCAUUUGAAUGUAACGAAUGUGGGAAAACUUUUAGUCAUAAGAAAAGACUUAUUAUCCAUCAAAGAACUCAUACUGGAGAGAAACCAUUUCAAUGUAAUGAAUGUGGGAAGACUUUCAAUGUAAGAGGAAACCUUACCAGGCAUCAGAGAACCCACACUGGUGAGAAACCAUUUGAAUGUAAUGAAUGUGGGAAAACCUUUAGUAGCAAGACAAAUCUCAUUACUCAUCAGAGAAUUCACACUGGAGUAAAACCAUUUAAAUGUAAUGAAUGUGGGAAAGCAUUUAGCAAGAAGGGACAGCUUGUUGACCAUCAGAGAAUUCAUACUGGAGAGAAACCUCUUGAAUGUAGUGAAUGUGGGAAAGCCUUUAGUAAUAUGAAAAGACUUCUUAUUCAUCAGAGAACUCAUACUGGAGAGAAACCAUUUGAAUGUAAUCAAUGCAGGAAAACUUUUAAUCAUAAGAGAACACUUAUUAUCCAUCAGAGAACUCAUAGUGGAGAGAAACCAUUUGAAUGUAAUGAAUGUGGGAAAACUUUCAUUGUAAGACAUAGCCUUAUAAAACAUCAGAGAACUCAUACUGGAGAAAAACCAUUUGAGUGUAAAGAAUGUGGGAAAGCUUUUAGCUUGAAGGAGAAACUUAUUAUCCAUCAGAGAACUCAUACUGGAGAGAAACCAUUUGAAUGUAAUGAAUGUGGGAAAACCUUUAGUCAUAAGAUAACACUUAUCAUCCAUCAGAGAACUCAUACAGGAGAGAAACCAUUUGAAUGUAAUGAAUGUGGGAAAACCUUUAGUUGCAAGGCAAAUCUUAUUAACCACCAGAGAACUCACACUGGAGAAAAACCAUAUGAAUGUAAUGAAUGUGGAAUAGCUUUUAGCUAUAAGGGACAUCUUGUUUAUCAUCAGAGAACUCAUACUGGAGAGAAACCAUUUGAAUGUAAUGAAUGUGGAAAAGCCUUUAGCCGGAAAGGAAAUCUUGUUACCCAUCAGAGAACUCACACUGGAGAGAAACCAUUUGAAUGUAACGUAUGUGGGAAAGCCUUUAGCCGAAAGGGACACCUUGUUGACCAUCAGAGAAUUCAUCCUGAAGAGAAACCUCUUGAAUGUAAUGAAUGUGGAAAAACUUUCUUUUCAAAGGGAAAUCUCCUUACCCAUCAGAGAACUCAUGCUGGAGAGAAACUAAUUAACUGUAAUAAAAGUGGGAAAGCCUUUCAUCAAAAGAGAAGACUUAUUCACCAGAGAACUCAUAAUGGACAGAAAACAUUUCAGUGUAACGAAUGUGGGAAAACAUUUAGUCAUAAGAAGAGACUUAUUAACCAUCAGAAGUCUCACUGGAAUGAAACCAUUUGAAUGUAAUAAAUGUGGAAAAGCUUCCUUCACCAGUCAAGCUACACUACACAUCAGAGAAUCUAUACCAGUUAGAAAAACCCUUUGCAUGGAAUGAAUGUGGGAAAGCUUUAAUUUAUUGAUAUGCUUUAUUUAUUCACUUAUAAUCCAUCAGAGAGCUCACCUUGGAGAGAAACCAUUUGAAUGUAAUGGCUGUGUGAAAAGCCUUUAGUUUUAGGACAAAUCUUACCUAUGUGGAAAAACUUAAUUUCAUCAUUUGAACUUACCCCUGGGAGGUGAGAUACCAUAUUUGCUUAUAGCUUAGAGACCAAAAUUGGUGCACAACCUUGGACAUCAAGGUCAUACAUUAGAAAACCUAUAGAUCUGGAGAUUGAUGCGAAGAAUUAUCUGAGAUGUACAUUUUAAUUAACUUAAGUACCUAAUUUGAAUCUGCCUACCUACUGUCCAAUAUGCUCUUGUAUCCCUCAUUCUUUGUUUGAACUCUAUAUAAUGUAAAACUUAAAGAGGUAUGUAAUCGGAGGUAAUUAAAGGCCAUCACUUUUGCCUCUGGCCUCUGCUGAAUGACUUCAUAAAAUUUGUAAAACCUU